CCCGAACCUCUGGCAGCAGCCAGCGUCCCGAGGGCGGGGUUCAGGUGCUGGUACCGCCUUGCCAGGUACAGCCUGGCGCGCGGCACCUCCGGGCCACGUGGCGCUGGGCUGGGCCCGGCGAGCAAGCCGCCCGGGGCAGAGGGGUUCUCCACACACAGACUGACAGAAGCCAGCUUCCACAAGAAUGGCCCAGACAUCUCAAGUUCAGGAACUCUUUCACGAGGCAGCCCAGCAGGAGGCCCUUGCCCAGCCUCAGCCCUGGUGGAAGAUCCAGCUGUUUGUAUGGGAGCCAGUUCUGUUUGGGACAUGGGAUGGUGUAUUCACAUCCUGCAUGAUCAACAUUUUUGGGGUUGUUCUCUUCUUGAGAACUGGCUGGCUGGUGGGAAACACAGGAGUGCUCAUGGGCAUGUUUCUGGUAUCGUUCGUCAUUCUGGUAGCCCUGGUCACUGUGCUGUCUGGCAUUGGUAUCAGCGGGCAUUGCAGUGUUGGCAGUGGUGGCGUCUACUCCAUGAUCUCUUCUGUCCUCGGUGGCCAGACUGGAGGGACAAUUGGGUUGCUGUAUGUAUUUGGACAGUGUGUUGCAGGUGCCAUGUACAUCACUGGUUUUGCAGAAUCCAUCUCAGACUUGCUGAGCCUUAGGAAUAUCUGGGCUGUGCGAGGAAUUUCAGUUGCAGUGCUUCUGGCCUUGCUGGGGAUUAACCUAGCAGGUGUCAAAUGGAUAAUUCGUCUUCAGCUGCUACUGCUGUUCCUGCUGGCUGUAUCCACACUGGACUUCGUAGUGGGCUCUUUCACACACCUCGACCCAGAACAUGGCUUUAUUGGAUACUCACCGGAACUGCUACAGAACAACACUCUGCCAGAUUACAGUCCUGGAGAGUCUUUUUUCACUGUCUUUGGAGUGUUUUUUCCAGCAGCUACAGGAGUCAUGGCCGGCUUCAACAUGGGGGGCGACCUCAGGGAGCCUGCUACCAGCAUCCCCCUGGGCUCCCUAGCAGCUGUUGGCAUCUCGUGGUUUCUGUAUAUAGUUUUUGUCUUCCUGCUUGGCGCAAUCUGCACUCGAGAGGCACUUCGAUAUGACUUCAUGAUUGCUGAAAAGGUGUCCCUAGUGGGCUUCCUUUUCCUUUUGGGCUUAUACAUCUCAUCCCUGGCCUCCUGUAUGGGAGGACUCUAUGGAGCCCCCAGGAUCCUGCAGUGCAUUGCCCGGGAGAAAGUAAUUCCUGCUCUGGCCUGUCUGGGUCAAGGGAAAGGGCCAAAUAAAACACCUGUAGCUGCCAUCUGCUUGACCAGCUUGGUGACCAUGGCCUUUGUCCUUGUGGGCCAGGUCAACAUUCUUGCCCCCAUCGUCACUAUCAACUUCAUGCUGACAUAUGUUGCAGUUGACUACUCUUAUUUCUCUCUGUCCAUGAGUUCCUGCAGCCUUCCCCAGGGGACUGAGUUAAUGCACAGGGAAGACAUGGGAGCUCUCCACUGCUCUGAGCACCUGCUCUUGCAGAAACCUCUCAGUUAUGGCUCUAAAGGUCUAUCCCAAAACAUCACUGAGGGCACACUGCUAGAAUUCACCAAGGACAUGGAUCAGCUCCUUCAACUAACCAGGAAGAAUGAGAGCAGUCAGUCAAGGCAAGGAGAGAAUGACAGAAUCCUAGAGAGGCAGAAGGAGAAACGGAAGAAGGCCACCAAGCAAACCCUACAAGAUAGCUUCCUCUUGGACCUCAAAUCCCCUGCUUCUGGUCCUGGAAAAUUACCCAUUGCCUCCAGGGAGCAGCAGGAGCCCAGCUGGAACAAGCAGACUUCUAGGAGUGAAUGUGUUUGGCCUGGGGGAGCAUCUGAAGAACAGUUUGUCCCUGAACUGAAUAACCAGCCUAGAUCCAAUAAUGAAGAUUUCUUCCUGAAAUCCAGGUUCCAGGAGCAAGAUAUCCAGAGGAGACCAAUACCUCUAUAUACUCACAUGUGCAACCCCUGGGUCUCACUAUUGGGAGCUGUUGGGUCCCUUCUCAUCAUGUUUGUGAUCCAGUGGGUCUAUGCCCUUGUUAAUAUGGGUAUUGCUGUUAUUGUGUAUUUCUACAUUGGUCAGACCAGCCCAGGGCUUCAUCUUGGGUCAGCCUCCAACUUCAGCUUUUUCAGAUGGAUGAGGUCUCUUCUGAUUCCUUCUUGCAGGAGUUUGCAAUCACCACAAGAACAGAUAAUUCUGGCACCCUCACUGGCUACGGUUGACAUGGAGAUGACUCAGCUCACUCAAGAGAAUGCUGACUUUGCCACUCGUGACCGAUACCACCACUCUUCCCUUGUGAGUCAAGAACAGUUGAUGCCUCUGUACUAGCUUAUGGAAUAUUCCAUACUGGGCAUCCAUGGGACCCUUCUCUCUUACACUUUUGGUCCAGUGGACUUGAAUCCCAGAAAUUUUGUGGAGCUGGUUCUCCUGGGUCAGAAACUCAAAGAUUUGUCCUUCUAUAACCAUUUGGACAGAGAAAAUCUGUGUUCUGCUCUGGAGCACUAUAUCUAAACAGAGUAACUGCUGGCACAGAGGCUGCCUCAUUCAGUCUUCAGAGCUCUGCACCUAGAAGUGCAGUAUGUCUCACCAGAUCAGACUGUUUGUUCUGAGCAUCACAAUAAAUGAGUGUUUGAAUUGUA